AUGAACUACGAACAACCUCUCAGACGAACAACACGGACCGGCCCACCACCCGAGUACGUCGAGUCCUUCAAAAAUGCAGCAGAACGGUACCAAUGUGUCCACUGUGACCGCUCCUAUCUUCAUUUUAAGCACCUCAAACGUCAUUUUAUGAAACACACCGGCUCUCGCCCCCAUGUCUGCUCCAUUUGUCAAGAUACCUUUUGUCGCUCAGACAUACUCAAGCGCCAUUAUGCCCGGUGUCUUCAGAAAUUCACAGCAACAGGCAAAUGUGCAGCUAUCUCGAGAGUCCCCAAACGAAUUGUACCAACAACAAUAACAUCACCAUCUCUUUCAUCACCAUCAUCAACAACUACAACUCCGCAACAUGCCCAAAAUCUUCAAUCGACAUCCUCAACUCCAAAUUCAUCUUUACAAUCCGCUCCUAUACUACCUCAACAAAAUCACAUCUAUGCCCCAGAACCUGUCUUCCCAGGUGUCUAUCCACAAGUGGCUACAGCUAACAUAGGUCAACAACCUUACUUUACACAACAACAGCAACAGCAUCAACAACAACAACAACAACAACAACAACAACAACAUCAUCAUCAUCACCACCACCACCACCAAGUUUCGGGGCAGGUCCCCGUCCAACACCAACACCAUCAGCAACAAUUCAUGGCAUCCAAAGACCCAGCGUCAGCCACUUCUCCAGCAAUUGCUCUCUACAACCAUCACAAUACCUAUCAUCAUCAACAGCAACCUCCCUUACAUGCCCCAUUACCUCCACUCCCAGCUGCACUUACUCCCCCAGGUCCUAUCCCGUCUCCACCAAAGCCUGCUCCAGGUAUCUAUACUCAUCAUGUCACACCGGGACAACAACAACAACAACAACAACAACAACAACAGGUUCCUCCUCCUAUGAUUGCGAGACAUGCUGGCAUUUCACCCUCAACUGCAAAUAUCCCAGGCCCUGCUCCUUCUCUUUCAUCAUCAUCAUCAUCAUCAUCUUCAUCGUCUUCAUCAUCAUCUUCCCUUUCUUCACCUUCCUCAGCGUCUCCAACCUCAACUUCUUCGCCAAUUCUUCCAGGCUCUCAUUCAUCUUACCAAACUUUCCCAUUACACCACCAAUCCCAACAGCAUUACUACACUGCAACUCCAGCUCAUCAUCCUUCAGCAACAACCCAUUACCCUCCAGCCCAACUUCCAGCCACUCCUCAAUUGCCAAUCUUUCCCAUGACGGCGGCUCCUUCUCCUCCGGGCUCUGAUGGUCAUUACCAAUAUCAUCAGCAACAAAUGCAACAACAGCAGCAGCAACAACACCAACAAUUUUCUAUGGCUGCAGCAGCAACUGUCAUGGGCAACACUGGAGGAAUGGGUGCUACACAUCAACAACCUCAAACUUCUUACAGAUAUGCCAAUGUUCCACAAAGAGCUUACUACCCGACUCAAGCAUAA